UGGACGCGUGUAGGGAGGGAGCUGAAGAUAAAUGCGCUCUUUCAAGUCAAGAGACUCCGUUACCAGAGGAGCGCAGGGACUUACCUUCACCGACAGAGACGCACUGGAAUCAACAGUUUUGUUGUGACUCCAUAAAGCUUCGCGGAGUGAAUCAUGGAUAACAAGUUCUCGAGAAGACCGCGAUCAACAACUCUUUUCAAACUUUUUGCUUAAAGAGCGGAGUUUCUGGAAGAGUUUGGCUUGCAAAGACGCGCGACGCGACGGAGUCCGGAGGGAUGAAGCCUGCUGCUUCUGAUUGAUGGUUUAAGGAGGUGCAAUAUAUUUGUAACGGUUUAUUGACUGUGAACUGCGGCAUCUUGUUGGACGGGACAGGUGCAGGGAUUUUCACGCCAAAGCAUGGAUCACUGAGGCGUUCAGAGACUUUUACCCCCCCUUUUCCCAUAAAGAGUUUCAUUCAAACUUGAAAACGGAAAUAUGACAACUUUGAUCAAGAAAAGACAACGAAAUCACGGACAAGAGUUGUCUUUGUGACUCUUUUUAUUUUAUGUUUUAUUUAUAUAAAGGUAUAACAACUGGAGAAAUCGUCAGCCACAUGUGUGUGAGUCAGUCAACAUGCCACUUAACUGCAGUUUGAUCGGAUUUCACGCAUCUCUCGAGGAAAGAGAGAUCUAAAUGCGUGGUAGACAAAAAAACAUUGCAUUUCCAGCAGGUUGGGAGGAACCACUUUGUAAACAGAAAAAGAGAAAAAUAAGAAGAAAAAGAAAAACAGAUUGUGGCUGCUUUCAUUCGGUUUUAUAAAUGGAGCUACAUAGAUACCUGCUGUGCCUGAAGUUCAUCCUUCUUCUUAAAGAGUUGUGUCAGUGUUUCAAUAUAGAUGUGAAGCAUCCACGGAUCUUCAGCGGCCCAGAGGAUGCUCUAUUUGGUUUCUCUGUCUUACAACAUGAAGCUGAUGGAGAGAAACAGCUGCUGGUUGGCGCUCCCUGGGAUGGGCCAGCCAAUAACAGAAAAGGAGAUGUGUACAAAUGCAUUGUGGGAGAUGAGAAACACUCAAACUGCAGCAAAGUGAAUCUGGGCGAUACCGCUCUCCAGAAUGUUUCUAAAAAUCUGAGGAAUUCGCACUUGGGAAUGACCCUCACACCACAGCACCCUGAUGGCUUCCUGGCAUGUGCCCCUCUUUGGUCACAGGAGUGUGGAACGUCCAUGUUCAGCACUGGCAUCUGUGCCUCUGUCAGUGACGACCUCGAGCCAAGAGAAACCAUCGCCCCAACUGCACAAAGGUGCUCCACAUACAUGGACAUCGUGAUCGUGCUGGACGGCUCCAACAGCAUCUACCCCUGGUAUGAGGUCCAGAACUUUCUAAGCAACAUCCUCAGCAAGUUCCACAUCAGCUCGGACCAGAUGCAGGUUGGUAUACUGCAGUAUGGAGAAAUAGCAGUCCACGAGUGGUCUCUGAAAGACUACCAGACCACACAGGAAGUGGUGGAGGCCGCCAAGAACAUCAGCCGACAGGAGGGACGAGAGACGCGUACUGCACAUGCCAUCUUUAAGGCCUGCACGGAGGCUUUCAGCCCUGAUCGUGGAGCGAGGGAGGGCGCCACCAAGGUGAUGAUUGUAGUGACAGAUGGCGAGUCGCACGAUGGGGACGAGCUACCAGAGGCUCUGAACGAAUGUAUUAGCAGAAACAUCACCAGAUACGCCAUUGCUGUUCUGGGUCAUUACAUCCGGAGACAACAGGAUCCAGAGACUUUCAUUAAGGAGAUCAAGGACAUCGCCAGUAAACCCGAAGACAAAUAUUUUUUCAAUGUGACUGAUGAAGCUGCACUUAAUGACAUUGUGGAUGCCCUGGGAGACAGGAUCUUCACUCUGGAAGGUACGCUGGGCUACAACGAGAGUUCAUUCCACAUGGAGAUGUCUCAGAUUGGCUUCUCCACACACACACUGGAUGAUGGCAUUCUGUUUGGGAUGGUGGGCGCCUACGACUGGGAUGGUGGAGUGUUGAAGAAAGGGACUAACUUCAAAAUCAUGCCCCCAAGAGAGGCCUUUGAGAGCGAGUUUCCUCUGGAGCUCAAGAAUCAUGCUGCUUAUUUAGGAUACACAGUGUCAUCUGUAGUGGUCGGUGACUGGAGGACACUGUAUGUAGCUGGAGCGCCUCGAUUUAAACAUAAAGGCAAAGUUAUUCUGUUUGAACUCAGCGAUGCUGGUGAAGUCAAUAUUGUGCAGGCCAUGAAUGGAGAGCAGAUAGGAUCUUACUUUGGUAGUGAAGUAUGCGGGAUGGAUAUCGAUCAGGACGGCAUCACUGAUGUCCUUCUGGUUGCUGCUCCCAUGUUCCUCGGCUCAGGAAACAAAGAGGCUGGUAAAGUCUACAUCUACACCUUCAGUGGGGAGGAAGUGUUUGUACGUAAUGGUACUCUGAAGUCUGAGGAAAAGUCCCAGGAUGCCAGGUUCGGUUACACACUGUCAGCCGCUCCUGAUUUGAACCAUGACGGCUUCACUGAUCUGGUGGUUGGAGCUCCGCUGGAGGAUGAACACCGGGGAGCCAUCUAUAUCUACCAUGGAGAUGGCAUUUAUCUCAUCCACAAAUGUAAACAGCGAAUACCAGGGUCAUCACUUUCCCCCUCCCUGCAGUAUUUUGGCCGCAGCGUGAGCGCCCGGUUGGACUUGGAUGGAGACGGCCUGAUAGAUUUGGCAGUGGGAGCACAAGGCAGUGCGGUGCUGCUCAGCUCUCGGAGAAUCGUCCAGAUCAAUGUCAGUCUGUCCUUCCAGCCACACUCCAUCAACGUCAUCCAGAAGACGUGUCAGAGGGGAGGCAGAGACUCUGCCUGUCUGAACGCCACGGCCUGCUUCACGGCUGUCUCCCGCUCCCCUGGACCAAACAGGAACACUUUUGAUUUGUGGGUGUCGGCGACCUUGGAUGACAGGAAGUUGUCGGCUCGGGCUCUGUUUGACGACAGCUCCCACAGGCAGAUACAGCUGCCAGUGCGAGUGCACACUGGAGAAACUGUCUGCUACAAACUCCCCUUCCAUGUUUACGACACGGCAGAUUACAUUCGUCCAAUCAGCUUCUCACUGCAGUUUAAGAUCAACAACACAGAGACGGGACCGGUGCUGGAUGAAGGCUGGCCCACCACCGUCAAGAAAUCUAUCCCAUUCUUUAAAGACUGCGGCGAGGAUGACGUUUGCACAACAGACUUGGUGCUGAAGGCACACAUGGACAUCUCUGGAACUAAACAGAAGCCGUAUGUGAUUCGCAGCUCUCGUAGGCGUCUGGCAGUUGAAGUGCAGCUCCAUAACAGACUGGAAAACGCCUACAACACCAGCCUGACGCUGCACUAUUCACGAAACCUCCACUUCUCCAGCCUGAGCAUCAGAGAGGUUGCCAACUUUAAGAUCGAGUGUACAGCACUUGCCUCAAACAGCCACUCGUGUAACGUCAGCUAUCCUGUGUUUCGCUCUCAGUCAAAGGUUAACUUCAUGCUGGAGUUUGAGUUCAGCUGCACAUCUUUGAACAAUCGAGUACAAAUGAAGCUCAGUGCUUCCAGUGACAGUCUGGAGCGAGAGGAUACCUUGGGAGACAACAGUGUUCAGCUGCAGACUUUUGUUCUGUAUGAGCCAGAUCUGUUUGUCAGUAGCGAGUCAAACCUGAACCGCUAUGAGGUCCACCCCACACGGACGGCUUCAGAAGCAAUUGGACCAGAAUUCCACACAUACCUCAGGCUGCAGAAUCUAGCCUGUUACUCUGUGAGUAAUCUGGAGCUGCGGCUGUAUCUGCCCUCUGUGGCUGCAGGGGACACUGUCUUCAUGACCAUCACAGAUGUCCUCUCACACAACGCUACAGAAGUGAACUGCAGCGUGUUGAGUGAUGUAGCGCAGCUGAAGGCCAGGCAGCGAGAAGUGCGUCCCUUUCAUCCUGAGGACAUGAUGCAUGAUGAAAUAUUGAACUGCAGCAGGUCAUGGUGUACGGAGGUCGCGUGUGACGUCCGGCAGCUCAGACAGAGUGCCAUCAUCCGAGUCAGCCGCAGAGUUCAUGAUGAUUUUUUCAGAAAAGCCAAAUAUAAAUCAGUAAGGAUAAUAGGUUCCUACAGCCUCACAGCUCAGGAGACUAAUCCCUUCACUCUGGGUAAAGGGACAAUCUGGGGGGAGACUGCACUGGAGGUGCUGAAGGGUCGAGCUAUUCCCAUCUCACUCUGGAUUCUCAUCGGUAGCACCAUCGGAGGUUUGCUACUACUGGCCCUCAUUAUUUUCAUACUGUGGAAGCUUGGAUUUUUCACACGCAAAAACAUAAGAGAGGAUGAAAAUCAUGAAGACUGAGCAGCGCUUCAGUCAUUUGCCAUGAAGACUCGCAGACGAGAGGAAUCCUCCUUGCAGCAGACACAGCGAUCCUGGGAGCCACGACGCAGACGCAACAGGGAUCUCCAGGCCCAGAGCAUCACGAGGGUCCAACAGAAAAUGCACUACCCACUAUUUCCAGGGUCAGGGGCACUUAUGUAAAUAAUCUUUUUCUAAUUUUUAGAGAAAAAAAGUGUAUUAAACCACACUUCCCCUAUUUAACUUGCAGACUUUUUUCAUGGUUUUAUAGUUCAGUCAUAUGGUCUUACAGCUUCCCUUUGUUUUGCUAAUGGAAUAAA